AUGUAUGGUUUGAGCCAAGAUUACUGGCAUCCUCGACACCUCAUGGAGAUUGCUCGUGGAGUGGGUACGCCCUUGCAGUUGGACAAGGCUACCAAGGAGCGUGAGUUCGGUUACUAUGCUCGUGUGCUAGUAGAUGUUGAUCUUGCAAACGAACUGCCGUCUUCACUCAUGGUCAAGCGUGAGGCACAUUGUUUUCCUAUUGAGAUUGUUUAUGAGAAUAUGUGCACUUAUUGUGGUAUGGUUGGGCAUAUGGCCGAUCGUUGUAGACAAUUACAAGAGACUCAACCAUCAGUUAGUCCAACUGAAAUUAAUGGUACGGUACCAUCACGUACAGAAACAUGUACAGUGGUAGCAUUGUGUGAUCAAGGGAGAGACAUUGAUGAAGAGAGAACUAUUGAAGACAAUGGGAGAGACAUUGAUGCAGAGAGAACUAUUAAAUACAAUAGGAGAGUUAGUACUCCAUAUGAUAGAGCUUCGGUUCCAAGGAUAUGUACUCUUACUUCUAGUGAAAAUCAGUUUGUCACUCUAGCUCAUGAGGCUAUUGUGGGGGUUGCUAAUGAAUUAAUUGAGCAAUUGGCAGACCAAGUGUUCCAGGGGCCAAAUGCUCAGACCCUUGAUGUAGAGAACUCAAUGGUGGUUACCAAUCAGGCUUUAGAUGAUGUUGAUGGCUCAUUCCCCACCCCCUCAACGAGGACAGAGGACAAUGCAACUGUGGUUCGUGAGCCAGAGGAUGGUAUGACUGUUGUUCUUUCUAGAUCCCAACAAAAGAAGCAAAAAAAAAUGCGUGAGAAUUUACUACAAGAAAAAGCAUUUGACCAUUACCCUGCUCGUAGCAGGGUUCCCACCUCACGCCUCAACCUAUGA